AUGUCUGCAGAGCCACUUCUAGACGAUUCUUCUAGUGUUUCGCUAACUAACAUAGAACUAAUUGACCUUUUCAAGCGAAGCCACUCUUCACUGCGAUCGCAGCCCUCCCACAGAUACCCAAAUGAGACCUUAAUCUACCAUGGGUACAUCGGGUGUGCACGGCUUUAUCCCACAGCUGCCAUAUUGCUGUGCACUCUUGCCGCAUACUGUCAAAUCCAUCAGUCAUGUCCCCGAUUCGGCAUUCAAGCCCAAGUGAAAAGUCUUUGUUUCCUGCAUGAUACACCCUAUCGACCGUACCUUAACGCACAAUUUUCAGCCGCUUAUGACAUUUAUUUAGAAAUCCUUCACCACGUGAAACAGCGUCAUCGUGCAGCACUCAAUCAUGACACACUGAAUUGGCGCAUGCUCAAUUCAUGCCCAGCUUGCUUCUAUAAAUUAGAGGAUGAGCCAGUGCUUGAAUUUGAUUGGCUGGUAUCAAUCGACGGCAACAAUAGUUUGAAGCGCUGGAACUCUACAAUUUACGGCUCAAACCCACGCAUUGAUUCUCGCAAGGCACGUUCUGAUUAUUGGAUUGAUACCUGCGACGUAGACAGGUUCAAGGAUGAAGUCAAAACACGUGAGAGGGACACAAAUGACGAUAACUGGGAGGACGAAACGAUCGCAGCUGAAGGCAUUACCCCAGCAUUCAGUUGUGUCAACCGAUGGCGCAAUGCUGGUCCAGAGACUCGAAAAAAAAUGUUUUCAGGGUUUGACGAAUCCGGGAUAUUUAUUGCAGCGUGCCGUCAUAGAUUUGUCGUUCUAGCUUGCGACAUGAUAUGGAGUGGAGAAUUAGCGAAAUACCCGCUAGCCAUAAUUGACAAGCUCCUCGCCGUAUACGGGAAAAACGGCAGCUGCGCUUAUGAUAUUCAUUUUCAAAGACACUGA